UAUUGCAUUUCCUCUGUUUUACUUUCUACCAGUCUUUAACAUGCCUGAGCCAGCGAAGUCCGCGCCCGCCCCGAAGAAGGGCUCCAAGAAGGCCGUGACAAAGGCGCAGAAGAAGGACGGCAAGAAGCGCAAGCGCAGCCGCAAGGAGAGCUACUCGGUGUACGUGUACAAGGUGCUGAAGCAAGUGCACCCCGACACGGGCAUCUCCUCCAAGGCCAUGGGCAUCAUGAACUCGUUCGUGAACGACAUCUUCGAGCGCAUCGCGGGCGAGGCGUCGCGCCUGGCGCAUUACAACAAGCGCUCGACCAUCACGUCCCGGGAGAUCCAGACGGCCGUGCGCCUGCUGCUGCCCGGGGAGCUGGCCAAGCACGCCGUGUCGGAGGGCACCAAGGCUGUCACCAAGUACACCAGCUCCAAGUGAGCACCCAGUCUUCAGUAUCCAAAAGGCUCUUUUAAGAGCCACCCAUACUAUCACUUUAAGUGGUUGUAAUACCUG